GGCAACAACUUCGUAAUUUAAAGUUUGUCGUAUGAUAAUAAUAAUUUUAAUUAUUUUAUAAAAUACAUAUGAAAUGGAAGCUUUGAAAGAGAUAAGCUGUUACUUAGAUCCAAAAUGUAGAAUAGAUGUGAAGGCAGUUGCACUAGAACACGUUUUGGGUGUUACUGCAAGCAAGGAAGGAAGAGAGCUAUUAUUGGGAGUUCCACAAAUUCUUCGCCAACUCAUAUUACUAUUACAAGAUGAAAGUAUUGUGAUAGCAAAAGAUGCGGCACGAUCUUUAAUAAAUAUUUCUGGGGAUGAAGCUGGGGCUAGUGCUCUACUUAUUAUUUCUGAAUCAUCGAAAUGUAUUGCUGAGGAUGAGAAAACUGAUAAUCUAAUAUAUUUAUGUUUGAAAAAUAUUCUGGAUAAAGUCAGUAAAUUAGCUGAUCCAUGUUGUAUAAUUCUAUCAAAUAUGACAAGACCAAAUCAAAAUGUAGAUAGAAUUAUCACUCUAAUAGACAAAAGUGAAUUUUCAUGGAGUUUAAUUCUAAACACAUUCACAACUAAUAACUAUAAUACUACUGGAGCAAAACUUCAUUAUUUAGGACCUCUUUUUAGUAAUCUUAGUCAAUCAAAAAAGAUGCGGAGCUAUUUGUUAAAUAAAAAUCAAUUUGUGUUUCAACGGUUACUAUCGUUUGUUCAAUAUCCAGAUAGUAAUAUAAGAAGAGGAGGAAUUGUAGGAACAUUGCGAAAUUGUUGUUUUGAUAUUGAAAAUCAUGAUUGGCUUAUGAGCCAAGAUGUAGAUAUUCUACCAUAUCUUCUUUUACCUCUCGCUGGACCAGAAGAAUUUACCGAAGAAGAAAAUAAUAAGUUACCUAUAGAUCUGCAGUAUUUGCCAGAAACAAAAACAAGAGAAAAGGAUCCUGAUAUUAGAAUAAUGCUUUUAGAAGCAUUAGGACAGUUAUGUGCUACUAAGAAAACAAGAGAGUACCUCAGAGAAAAUAAUACUUAUAUUAUUCUCAGGGAAUUACACAAGUGGGAAAAGGAGAAGACUGUGUUGCUGGCAUGUGAAAAUGUUGUGGACAUUCUGAUAAAGACUGAAGAAGAAAUCGGAUUAGACAAUUUGAAAGAAAUAGAAAUUCCUGAAGAAUACAAAAAAAAGUUCUAUGAAAUGGAUAAACAAUACAUUGAAUAG